GAAAGAUUAACAAUUAAGUAAAAAUGGAUCAACCUUUUAUGUCAAAUUUCUUUUGGUCCAAGGCUAGGGCAAUUAAGUUUUCAUUUACCCUUUGGACAUCUUUCACAAAGCUUUGUAUUUCAUCUAAUUUGUCCCGGCAUGUGGAACAAAUAUUUUUUGGUAAGCAAUCUGAGAGAUCAUUCACCUGAAAGGCAAUAAGCAUACUUAAAAUAACAUUCAAAUUAUUAGUCUAUUUAUCGAAUACCUGAAUAUUGAAAAAUGAACAAAUUUGUUCUUGUAGAAUGUUAUCAUUUUCAAAUGGAAUCGUUCCAAUGUUGAUUUGGCAUAAUCUGCAAUUAUCCACAAUUAUAAAAUUCAUGGUGCAUUAGCAUUGAGCCACAGAUUUGCAAAAUCUACCAAAUUGUUUAUUCUUCUCUUUGCACUUCCGCUGUUUGUUUUUGUAGAGUGACAGUGACAGAGUGAGGUUAUGUAAUUUCUAACCUUUUAUUUUAUUGCAUUUUUCCAAGGUUUUCCAGACCGUUUUUCCAGUUCUCCAGUCUUCAUUUUUGCCAUUUGUUUAUGUUAUAUUCCCUGUUUAUUUAUCGAUGAAUAAAAAAUAACCUGCAGGUUUGUUUUCUCUCAAUCUUGUUUUAUGUUCUCAUGCUUUAAAAUUUUCAUAUAAAAAUGUGUGAAUCCUUGAAAGAACUUACAAAGUUCCUGGAACUUGGUGCCCGAUCUGAUCUAAAAGCUGUAGCAGUUGACCAUAUACUAGGUUUAACUGCAAAUAAGGAUGGCCUUAAAAACAUUAUAUCUGAACCUCAGAUCCUGUCAUCUCUUAUAGCUCUUCUAGAUGACAAAUUCAAACCUGUUAGUAAAGCUGCGAGUUUGGCACUGAUAAACAUAACUGCAGAUGAAAAAGGUGCCUUAGACACCUACAAUAUUGACCUGGAAAAAUACUGCCCAAAGUUACAAUCUGCCCCGCAAAAUAUUGUGAUUCAAACACUGAACAAAGCUUUAGACCCUGAAUGCCCUAUUGCAGAUGAAUGCUGUAUGAUUUUAUCGAACCUAAGUCGCUUCCCACACCUCGCAGAAAAAAUUAUAGAUAUGAUAGAGAUGAAUGGUAGAUCUUUUGAUGAGAUCAUAAAUGUGUUCACAAAGACUCAGUACAACAAACAUGGCUGUAAGUUGCACUAUCUAGGACCAUUUCUUGCAAAUUUAUCGCAAAGUCACAGUGUACGGAAAUUAAUUUUGGAUAAAGAUAGGUGCGUGAUUCAGAGGCUGUUGCCUUUCACAGAGCAUGAAAAUUCUGUGAGGAGAAGAGGUGUGGCAGGAACUUUGAAAAACUGUUGUUUUGAGGAAGAUUUCCAUGAGUGGCUGCUAGGAGAAGAUGUGGAUAUUUUGCCAAGGUUAUUAUUACCACUAGCUGGUAAUGAAGAGUUUGAUGAAGAAGAUAAUGAGAAAUUACCUUUGGAUUUGCAGUACUUGCCUGAGGAUAAAAAGAGGGAGGGAGACCCAGAGAUCAGAUGUAUUCUAUUAGAAGCUAUAACUCAGCUUGUUGCAAAAAGGCCCAACAGAGAGUUCAUCAGAGACAAAAACACUUACGUUAUCAUGAGAGAACUUCACAAGUGGGAAAAGGAUGAUGAGGCGAAAGCUGCUUGUGAAAACUUAGUUGAUAUCCUUAUAAGGACUGAGGAAGAAAUUGGACAUGAAAACCUGAAAGAAGUUGACAUUCCGGACGACUUGAGAGAAAAAUUUGACAAAGUCCUUUGUAGUCAGUAGUAUCUUUUAAAUAAACAAUUUUCAUAUAUGAUAAUUGAAUUUUAAUCAAUACUCGAUAUGGAAAAUGGUGCAAGUAUAGUGCUAAUAUCGUUGGAAAAAGACAAAUUCAAAACUUACCAUCCAUUAAAAAAACUAUCAUACUUCUAAAUGUAUCCAAAACGUUUUCAGCACCACACAUCACUGCAAACUGGCAGUGCACAACCGAAAAACCCUCAACGUCACAUUUGAUCAGACCAAUAUUGUUAAUUUUUAUAAUAAACUACCAUAGAUGGGGAACUAUCGCGAAAGAACUACAGUUUUAAUCGAUAAUAUAAUUGAAUUCAUGAAAGUAACUUGUUUUAGUAAUACAGGUUUCACUUUUGUUUAUUAUUUGUAUUCUUGUGUUUUAUGUCAAUUUUGUUUAUAAAU